AUGGGUGCUCUCAGGACGGUCGGUCUGGUUAUUUUGGGAAUCUCAGCGCUCACUUUUAUCGCUCUGUUUGGCAGGCUCCCGGCCUUCAGAAAAACACCGGUCGCCUUUUUCCAUCGGCUUCUGUGGGUGCAUAUUCCCAAUGGAAUCGCUGUUGUUGAUGACCGCCGGUUCGGCGGACGGAUAGUGCAGUGCUGGACUCGAUCCGGCAGCUAUGUAUUGAAGGAGAAUCAUCCCUUGGUUUUGAUAUUCUUUGUGGGACUACUUGUGAUCGGCGAAGGGAUAUUCGUCCCAGCAGCAUGGCCUCGACUGUCAAGCUCCCAUAAACUUUGGGUCCCCGGUGCUGUCGUGUUGCCAUAUGUUCUACUCUACAAAUGUGUAAUGACGAAGUCUUUUAUUACACCUGAAAAUCAUGAAAAAGAAAUGAAACGGUACCCAUACGACCGGGUCCUCUUCCAUCCAGGACAUCGCUGCACCACCUGUGACUUCCUCAAGCCAGCGCGCAGCAAGCACUGCAGUUUCUGCAAUGCCUGUGUCUCAAGACACGAUCACCACUGUGUAUGGCUUAUGAACUGCGUUGGAGCCGACAACUGCGUUUACUUCAUCUCACUGCUGUUGUCACUCUCUGCCAUGCUGGUCUACGGAUCUUAUCUUGGUUAUUCCUUGCUCUCUGAGACUCUCGAAGAACUAGUCCCGCCAGAUAUGAAGGCCGCCAUGUCAGGAUGGUCGAUGUACUUCAAUAUUUGGGGCAUUGUGAUUGCUACCGAUCCCCGGAUUGGGGCUGUUUUCCUCUUGAUGCUCAUGACUGCCCCGCUGGCGGCUGCUUUCCUGGCUUACCAUGUAUACUUGAUCUGGGCUGGUACGACUACAAAUGAGACAUCCAAGUGGUCAUACUGGAAGGAUGAUGUCGAGGAUGGAUUUGUCUUCAAGACAAAGCGAAGCUUGAUCUUUGAGAACCCCCUUCCUUUGUCUCUCCAUGACCAAGCCUGGCCUGUCCACACUGAUCAGAUUCUUGUCAAUGACGAUGAUCCUCCAACGGAGGGAUGCUUAUUGGCAUCUGACUCCAAUCGCAUCGUUCGUCGCCCUGGUCAUGAGAUGCCACCUGACCCACGAUGGAAACGACUUGAUAGUAUGAGAGAUCUUGACAAUAUCUAUGACCUGGGCUUCUGGGAUAAUCUCCGCGAUGUGAUAGUCUUGAUGGAGACCCAGCCUAUUGGGAUUCAUGAAGUCAUUUUCCAGAAUUGA